AUGUUAAUUUAUUCAUUUGAAAUAUAUAAAAGUAUCGUUCAACAUCAUGUGAUUUAUGGUGAAUGGAAAAGAUUAAAAUAUUAUGCGAUGAUUUCUUUUCUGUUUCCUUUAUUCGUGGGAAUUGUACCGCCUUAUUUGAUUGCUGAUAAAGAUGGUGGAGUUGCCCCGGGAGCAUUUUUUUGUAUACUUAAUAAACCAAGUAUACCAUUGGUAUUUGUUAGUAUUGCGGGAUGGAAUACAGUAUUAAGUUUAUUUGGAAUUUAUUUUUCACUACGAACACUUAUAGUUGUAGCAAAAUUAUUCUUUGUUCAUGGAUUUUAUGUCAAUUUCAGAUUUUCCACACCUGUAAAUGAGAAUAACCAUAACAUAUCUUCAAGUGGAUCAUCAUCAUCUUCAAUAUCUCAUAAUUCUCUAAGUCAUUCUAGAAGUCGAUCGAUUUCAAGUUCUAAAAUACCUAUUUACGUAUUUUUUAGAUUAACCUUAUUUUUUAUAAUGUAUUGUGGAAUAACCGUAAUAAUUUAUGGAAGAUGUUUAAUAAUUGGUCUUAAACAAGAAGAUGAUUUGAAUGUUAAAGAACCAAAAUAUAUUGGAUAUAUUACUGCAUCAUUGGGAAUAGUAAUAUUUUUAAUAUUUGGAACUUCAAUGGAAGCGGGAAGAGCUUAUUGGGGAUUUCUUUCAAUUAUAUUAAAUUGGUUUAAUUGGGUUACUUGUUUUAAGAAAAUUUUGCGUGACGAUAGUUUUGGUGAUUGGGAAACUAAACAAAAGCAACAAAUGAGAAGAGAUACUGGAGAGACUGAAGAGGAACGAGAAGAUUCAACAGUUAUAGAUGAACAAAUUAUUAAUCGAGAAGUUAGUAUGGUUACUAAUAGGGAAAUAACUAUGAAUAAUACAACUAUUGAUAUUGAACAAGAUAAUAAUAGAGAAAUAAUAACAGCGACAGGUGAAAUCGAUGAAAAACAUAAUCAGGAAUAA